AUGCAACACUUCUUCUCUUCUUUUGCUUUGCACAAUUGGUUUGUAGACGAUUAUUCCUUUCUCGAUGUCCGCUGGGCUUCGUCCCUCUCUCACAUCGAGACGAUGGCUGGUUAUGACGGCCGAAGCCGAGCGUCGAAUUUCUGGAUUCCCACAGGGGGCAUCAAGAAGCAGUCAGCCGAUGGUGGAAAGGAGGAUGCAAACGAUCUUUUGAUUCGAGGUGGCUUCUUGCGCCAAGCCUACUCGGGAAUCUUCCAUCUUCUACCUCUAGGGUUGCGCGUGCAGGAGAAGGUCGAGCGUCUCAUCGAUAGGCAUAUGCGCUCAUUGGGUGCAUCAAAAGUAUCCUUGUCGUCAUUAUCAUCGCAGGAGCUAUGGGAGCAAUCUGGCCGCCUGAAGGAGGGCUCUGAGUUAUUCCGGUUCAAUGACAGGAGAGAUACACGCUUUCUCCUCGCGCCAACACACGAGGAAGAGAUCACAAGUCUCGUGGGGAGCCUGACAACGUCGUACAAGAGCCUCCCGCUACGAGUAUAUCAAAUAUCGAGAAAAUAUAGAGACGAGCCUCGCCCAAGACAGGGACUUCUUCGUGGGCGAGAGUUCGUCAUGAAAGACCUCUACACAUUCGACUACAACGUGCCAGAGGCACUCAAGACCUACGAGUCGGUCAAAACCGCCUACAUGAAUAUGUUCAAUGAGCUGAAGAUCCCAUACCUUGUUGCGGCGGCUGAUUCGGGCAACAUGGGCGGCAGUCUGAGCCACGAGUUCCAUUUUCUCAGCUCUAAGGGCGAAGAUCAGGUGGUGAGCUGUUCUCACUGCGACCAUGUGUAUAACGAGGAGGUUGCAGACGGUAAAACGCACAUUUUCCAUGAAUCCGAGUCCUCUGAGCCUGGCUUCCAGACCGAUGAGGAUACACCUGUCGCAGGUGGACCAACCAUUUCAACUGGCAUGUGGUCGGCCAUCUCUCAUGACGGGAACACCCUGCUUCGAGGCUGGUACCCCAAAUUCUCAAUGCAGAAUAAUUCCUCAGAACCCGUGGAGCGACAGGUCAACUCUCACGCUGUCAAGGCGAUUGCCACCGCGGCCGGAGUCGAUCUGGAUCUCAGCGUGGAGAAUCCGGUGCACAAGUGGACUGCUCACGCUCAGUCCCAUAAGUCUGCUACCCAGAAACCACGCGUGCUGGACGUAUAUGACUCGCAAGUGCGGGUAUAUCAGCGUCCACCACUCAGCGAUCUCCUCCAGGAAGCCGGCUGCACGGCUGCUGAUAUUGAAUACUCGAUGCUGGACCGAUUCCCCGGCACCGACAACAAGCUCAGCCUGGUCCGGGUACAUGAUGGGGACAAGUGCUCGCAUUGUGCACAUGGGUCAUUGACGAGCCACGCCGCCGUCGAAAUGGGCCACACAUUCCAUCUGGGGACACGGUACAGCGAGGUGCUUCAUGCGUCCGUGACCGUGAACCCGGCUGUGCUGGAGGGAUCCCCAGAGUCUGGAGCCCGCCCGUCUGCGACGGAGCAGAUCGUGCCGAUGCAAAUGGGUUGCCACGGCAUUGGAGUUUCGCGCAUGAUUUCAGCGGUAGCAGACCGUCUUGCAGAUUCAAAAGGCCUCAACUGGCCCCGUGCAAUGGCACCGUACGAGGUCGUGGUCAUCCCGGGUAAAGGACUGGAUGCUGUCGCAGACCAGGUGUACGACUGCCUGACGUCUCCGUCGUCGGCCCCGGUGGAUGCCAUCCUCGAUGACCGGGAUAAGAGCAUGGGCUGGAAAUUGGGCGAUGCCGAUCUGAUUGGGUAUCCAGUCAUUGUAGUUGUUGGCAACGGAUGGAAGAAGCAGCAGACGCUGGAGGUGCAGUGCCGGCGACUGAACCUGCGUGAAGACGUGCCAUUGGACCGGCUAUCGGAGUUUGUGCAGUCACUUCUGGCGCAGAUUGCGUGGCAUUUCUAUCCUCGCUCCACUCACCGCCACACAACCCUAUUGCCACUACUUCCACUGUCCAUUGCGGGACGAUCUGCUUCAGACCUCCCCGCGACAAUUCCACACCACACCCCGGUGAUGCUCAACCUCGCCUCCCUCUCCGUCCCACAACUUCGCUCCCUCCAAACACGCCUUACCUCCGAACUGGAACACCUCACCUCGUCGCACGCCAAGCUGCGCGCCGCCCAGGCCAAGUUCCGCGACUGUGUGCGCUCGAUCAACGACGGCGUCGUCGGGUCUGCGAAUAAGGGGACGGCAGGUCGUGAGGAGAUUCUUGUCCCGCUGACGAGCUCGCUGUAUGUGAAGGGGACGCUGGCGGAUCGGGAGAAGGUGCUUGUGGAUGUUGGGACAGGGUUUUAUGUUGAGAAGACACCUGCCAAGGCUACUGCGUUCUAUGAGGAGAAGGUCAAGGGACUGGAGGCCAAUUUGCAGGAUCUGGAGAAGAUUGUGCAGGAGAAGAAUACCCAUCUGCGGGUCACGGAGGAGAUGCUGCGACAGAAGAUGCUCAGUGGGGAAGCGGCGCCAGCACAGGCAGCGGCCGCAGGCUAG